AUGGGUUCUGAUCACGAAGAGAAGGGAACAACAGAGGAAAAAGAUCAUGAUGAUGAGAGCCAAAGUACGAAUUUUAGCAGAAAAGCGAGUGAGUCAUCUGUGCAUGUAACCGAGGAAGAUGAUGAUGAUGAUCCAGGAGCCAAACUAGAGCUUGGUCCUCCUUGCUCUCUUAAAGACCAGCUCGAGAAAGAUAAGGACGAUGAAAGUCUUAGGAAAUGGAAGGAACAACUUCUGGGCAGUGUGGAUAUGAACAAUGUUGGAGAAACUCUGGAUGCUGAAGUGAAGAUUACAAGCCUGUCAAUUAUAUCCGCUGAGAGAGAUGACAUUGUUCUUCCAAUCCCUGAAGAUGGGAAUCCACAAGGCCUAUGGUUUACCCUCAAAGAAGGAAGCCAUUACCGUUUAAAGUUCACCUUCCAUGUCAGCAACAACAUUGUGUCUGGCCUUAAGUACACCAAUACUGUCUGGAAAACGGGUCUCAAAGUGGACAGCGCGAGAGAGAUGAUCGGAACUUUCAGUCCUCAAGCGGAGCCUUAUACGCACGAAAUGCCCGAAGAAACCACACCUUCCGGCAUGUUUGCUAGAGGCACUUAUACAGCAAAAUCGAGGUUUGUUGAUGAUGAUAACAAAUGCCAUUUGGAGAUAAACUAUAGUUUUGAUAUCCGGAAGAACUGGGCUUGA